AUGUCGAAGGUUUCACGUGAAGCUCUCAACGAGGCUGUGGCUGAUGUCCUCAAGGGCGCUCAGGAGAAGAAGAGGAAGUUCCGCGAGACUGUAGAGCUCCCUAAAUUGGCUCAAGAACUACGCAUCCCCAAAAGGACAAGCGUUUCAGCGGCGCCGUCAGGCGGGAUUGGUUGCAGGCUGAAGAGCGUUCCCCGACCGGCCAUGAAGGUGUGCGUUUUUGGAGAUCAGCAUCAUUUGGAUGAGGCCAAUGCAAACGGAAUCCCAUGCAUGAGCGCUGAUGACCUCAAGAAACUGAACAAGAACAAGAAGCUGAUCAAGAAGCUCGCAAAGAGUUACGAUGCAUUUCCUCGCUUCUGA